AUGGCCGACUUUGUCAAGCUUUCCAUCUUCGGUACCGUCUUCGAGGUCACCACUCGAUAUGUCGACUUGCAGCCCGUCGGCAUGGGUGCUUUCGGUCUUGUAUGCUCCGCCAAUGACCAGCUCACCAACACCUCGGUGGCCAUCAAGAAGAUCAUGAAGCCCUUCUCCACACCCGUGCUUUCCAAGCGUACCUACCGAGAGCUCAAGCUGCUCAAGCACAUUCGCCACGAGAACGUGCGUAUUUGCCUGAUUUAUGCCUCGCCGCGAGCACUCUCGCACGCCAAGCGUGCCUUCUACUACUUCGUCACUGAGCUACUUGGCACAGAUCUUCACCGACUGCUCACCAGCCGUCCGCUGGAGAAGCAGUUCAUCCAAUACUUCUUGUACCAGAUCCUCCGCGGUCUCAAGUACGUUCACUCGGCCGGUGUCGUCCACCGUGACUUGAAGCCCAGCAACAUUCUCGUCAACGAAAACUGCGAUUUGAAGAUUUGCGAUUUCGGUCUUGCUCGUAUCCAAGACCCGCAGAUGACCGGAUACGUCAGCACAAGGUACUACCGUGCUCCCGAGAUCAUGCUUACUUGGCAAAAGUACGACGUGGCCGUCGACGUCUGGAGUGCAGGAUGCAUCUUUGCAGAGAUGCUCGAAGGCAAGCCCCUUUUCCCAGGAAAGGACCACGUCAACCAGUUUUCCAUCAUCACCGAGCUCCUCGGCACACCACCAGACGAGGUCAUCAAGACCAUCUGCUCCGAGAACACGCUCCGCUUCGUCCAGUCGCUGCCCAAGCGAGAACGCGUCCCCUUCUCACAAAAGUUCAAGAACGCCGACCCGAUGGCGUUGGAUCUGCUCGAAAAGAUGCUCGUCUUCGACCCUAGGACGCGUAUUAGCGCCGCCGAAGCGCUCGCGCAUCCGUAUCUUGCUCCUUACCACGACCCUACCGACGAGCCCGAAGCAGAGGAGGCAUUCGACUGGUCCUUCAACGAUGCUGACCUGCCCGUAGACACGUGGAAGGUCAUGAUGUACUCGGAGAUCCUCGACUUCCACAACAUUGACAACUCGGGUCAGGAUGAGGGUCCCGUACCGCCCGUCGCCGCUUAA